GCCAUUGCAGCGACAGCUUGGAGGAAGGAGCUGGACGUCUCCGCCGAGAAAAACUGGGGGUGGCAGCCAGAGUAGGGGAGGCGGAGGACCUGCUCGCUCUGGGAGCCGCUGGGUUGCUGCAAAAAGGGGCGGGGAGAGGCGGGGGCGCUGCCUGCACCGCGCUGGCUCCAGCGGUGCCCGCGGGGAAUGUGACAUCAGCGGCGCCGGGCGCUUGCGGCUGGAGGAGGCAUCUCGCCUUGGCUGCGCUGUGCACACCUCGCCCCGGGGAGGACGCAUCCCGGGCAGGCGGCAGGGAUGUCGGCGAAGGAGAGGCCAAAGGGCAAAGUGAUCAAGGACAGCGUGACCCUCCUGCCCUGCUUUUAUUUCGUGGAGUUGCCUAUAUUGGCAUCAUCGGUGGUUAGCCUGUAUUUCCUUGAACUCACGGAUGUCUUCAAACCCGUGCACUCUGGAUUCAGCUGCUAUGACCGGAGUCUUAGCAUGCCAUACAUUGAACCCACCCAGGAGGCAAUUCCUUUCCUCAUGUUGCUUAGCUUGGCUUUUGCUGGACCUGCAAUUACGAUUAUGGUAGGGGAAGGAAUCCUGUACUGUUGCCUGUCCAAAAGAAGGAAUGGGGUUGGCCUGGAGCCCAACAUUAACGCUGGAGGCUGCAACUUCAACUCGUUCCUUAGAAGAGCCGUCAGAUUCGUUGGUGUUCAUAUCUUUGGACUCUGCUCUACAGCUCUUAUCACAGACAUCAUCCAGCUCUCCACAGGCUACCAGGCACCGUACUUUCUGACUGUGUGCAAGCCAAACUACACCUCUCUGAAUGUGUCUUGCAAAGAGAAUUCCUACAUUGUAGAAGACAUUUGCUCAGGAUCUGACCUUACAGUUAUCAACAGCGGCAGAAAAUCAUUCCCUUCUCAACAUGCGACCCUUGCUGCCUUUGCAGCUGUGUACGUUUCGAUGUACUUCAAUUCCACACUAACGGAUUCCUCUAAGCUUCUGAAACCUCUCUUGGUCUUCACCUUUAUCAUCUGUGGAAUCAUCUGUGGGCUAACACGGAUAACUCAGUAUAAGAAUCACCCAGUUGAUGUCUACUGUGGCUUUUUAAUAGGAGGAGGAAUUGCUCUGUACUUGGGUCUGUAUGCUGUGGGGAAUUUUCUGCCUAGCGAAGAGAGUGUGUUUCAGCACAGAGAAGCCCUCAGGUCUCUGACAGACCUCAAUCAAGACCCCAGCCGAGUUUUAGCUGCUAAAAAUGGUAGCAGCACUGACGGAAUUGCUCACACUGAAGGCAUCCUGAACCGAAAUCAUAGAGAUGCUAGCUCCUUGACCAACCUCAAAAGGGCAAAUGCAGAUGUAGAAAUCAUCACUCCACGGAGCCCCAUGGGGAAGGAGAACAUGGUUACCUUCAGCAAUACCUUGCCUAGAGCCAACACCCCAUCCGUGGAAGACCCUGUGAGAAGAAACGCCAGCAUUCAUGCCUCGAUGGAUUCUGCUAGAUCCAAGCAGCUCCUCACCCAGUGGAAGAACAAGAAUGAAAGCCGCAAGCUGUCUCUGCAGGUUAUAGAGACCGAGCCGGGACAGUCACCACCCAGAUCCAUUGAAAUGAGAUCAAGCUCGGAGCCGUCCAGGGUGGGGGUCAAUGGAGACCACCACGCUCCCAGCAGCAAUCAGUACCUCAAGAUCCAGCCUGGCACCGUCCCUGGGUGUAAUAAUAGCAUGCCUGGGGGACCAAGAGUGUCCAUUCAGUCCCGCCCCGGGUCCUCACAGCUAGUACACAUCCCAGAAGAGACGCAGGAAAACAUAAGCACCUCCCCCAAAAGCAGCUCUGCUCGGGCCAAGUGGCUGAAAGCUGCGGAGAAGACCGUGGCUUGUAACAGAAGCAACAGCCAGCCUCGCAUCAUGCAAGUCAUAGCCAUGUCUAAGCAGCAGGGUGUCCUCCAAAGCAGCCCCAAGAACACUGAAGGCAGCACGGUCUCCUGCACCGGCUCCAUCCGCUACAAAACCCUGACAGACCACGAACCCAGUGGGAUCGUGAGGGUUGAGGCCCACCCGGAGAACAACAGGCCCAUCAUACAGAUCCCGUCCACCGAAGGCGAAGGCAGUGGCUCCUGGAAAUGGAAAGCCCCUGAAAAGGGCAGCCUUCGCCAAACGUACGAGCUCAACGAUCUCAACAGGGACUCAGAAAGCUGUGAGUCCCUGAAAGACAGUUUUGGUUCCGGAGAUCGAAAGAGAAGCAACAUUGACAACAGUGAGCAUCACCACCACGGAAUCACCACCAUCCGCGUCACCCCGGUAGAGGGCAGCGAAAUCGGUUCAGAGACUCUGUCCGUUUCUUCCUCCCGCGACUCCACCCUGCGGAGAAAGGGCAACAUCAUUUUAAUCCCUGAAAGGAGCAACAGCCCCGAAAACACAAGGAAUAUCUUCUACAAGGGAACCUCCCCAACACGGGCUUAUAAGGAUUGAGUGAUAGUCAUUCAAAUCACUUGAGUCACCCCAAGAGACAAAGUGUUGAUUCUACCAGUGCUCUGUUCCAGCAAAUCGGGAACCUUCUCACCAAACUAGAGUAUCCACCAUCAGCCCGCGACUCACUGACUCUCGAGAACUAUUCCACCCAAGCUUGUAGGCUUCACAUCAAGGGAAGGGAAAAGCACAAUGCAAGAACCUAACUCAUGCGAUAAUGUGAACUCUUCCUAAGACCUACCUUCAAACGCAAAACGUUUGCAGAGGGCAAUAUCAAAAGAAAGUGGUUUCCUUCAGUGUAUACUAUUGUACUUCCUGAAUGUGCCAACUUUAGGGUUUUCUUUAUAAUUAGCUGUGGGAAUCCAGAACACACGUUUUCCCUGCAGCAGAGGCCAUGCAGUAUUAUAUAUUCAUUUUGCAGAAUCUGCACCAAAAGCUCAAUAUGGGUGGUGCUGAUUAUUAUAGUACAUAUAUGGUGUAAACUCUCAAUUUCUAUUUAGCUGUGAAAUAGUGGUGUGCAAUUCCUUGUCAAAGAAAUGCUACUGUUAUUAAGAAGAUGUUGGCUUCUUUGUGUUAGAAUAGGACACCCUGCGGCUUCUCUGUAGUGGCUCUGUCACAGUCAAAAAAUGAAAAGGUUUUGUGCAUUUCUUCAAAAGUUUGCUUUCUUCAACAACAAAAAUUUAUAAGGAUAUUUUCAGUGAAAGGGAAUAACCAGUACUUUUCUGCAUAGCUUUUUGCUGUUUACUGUUUAUUUCAAGUUACUGCUAAUGAAAAAUCUGUUUUUAGUGAGUAAAUUUGCAUAAUUAAAAAUAUUAUUUUAGAGUUUUUUGAAAUUGAUGUGAUCAUAUUUUGCAUUUUAUGGCUUCUCCUUUAUUUAUUGAUUUAAAAUUUUAUGUUAUAGAUAUGUUCUAUUUUUAAUGCAGAAAUAACAGUUGAUAUUCCUUGAGCAAAAUAUACUGCUGUGAAUUUAUAAACAAGAAAUAUGAACCAAAACUUGACAUUGUGGGUUACUCUGCCAGCAGUGUUGAUCAUAUGUUAACCUUAGAUGUUUCCAGCCAGCUGGCUUAAACUUCUAACUUAAGUAAUCCAAAAUUUUCAUUUUGUUCCAGAUUAUUAACAUUUUUUGAUAUCCUGAUAACCAGUUAGAGUCACAGUGGUUGGGUUUUGCCAUCUUCUCUAAAAUAUUUUGUUAUUUGUAUACUAACAGGAUGACUCUGAAAAAAAAAAAUGACAAUUGAUAAGUAAAAAUAUCUCACAGUGUACAUUAAGAAUGUAUUUCUUCAAAAUAGAUAGGCACAGUUUUUGUGCUCAACAUACAAAUAACAGUUUUUGCUACCUAUCUUGAAUGAAGCCUUCAACUUAAAUCAAUGGAAACCAAUAUUGUCAAUAAGAAGAAAGUAAAAGCAAAACAUUUUGAGGUGUUUUUCCAACUUAAAAUUUUAAGUAUGAAGAAAUAUUUGGUUCUUGUAAUUUCGCAUUUAACCUUUUUACACCAUUUCCUAAGAAUUCUGAUGUACAUCUCAUGAUUGCCACGGGGACAAAAGGUAACAACAAUGCUGGUUAAUCUUAUCUCAGUUCAAUUUUCACUGAGAGCAGAAGUAGUUGUUCAGAGAUGAGUAAGUACCACAUUCUUAAUCAACUUCUCCUGGAAAAGGACAGAGCUUUCUAGAGUAACCAACCUCCUACGGCAUUAGGGAUUUAGCUGAAACCAUCAGAAUUGAAAACUCUGGCAAUAAAAUAGAUUCAACUAUAUCCCUUCUGGCAAUUUCCUUCUCAGAGAGGGGAGUGGGAGUAAAAUGUUGCCUUCCCCACUUCUCACCACCACCACCAUUAUGACACUCCUACUGGCUUUUGCCAGUUUAUAGAGAGAAAGGUGGAUUGGUUUUAGUGCUCUGAAGAAAAAAAAAAAGCUGCAGCAUUUCAGGUGCAGUAUGAUAUUUGCUAAUCUUUCCUAUUUCUUAACAAAAGAUUUUAAAGUACUUCUCUAGUCAUUGAAGUUUUUUUUUUUUCCUUUACAUGAAUAUUGAUAUAUUCUUUUUCUACUCAAAGUGCCAAAGGCUACAGUUUUUAAUGACUUAAAUUGUACCACAUUGUUAAGGAAAUAUAUAAUGAUGGUCGCUAGAACUCAGACCUCUGCAUGUGUAUUUGAUAACACAUCUUUUGUAAACAAAAGAUUACAAAGAAUUAUUUGUUUACAUUCCACUGGUACCUUAAUUUAAAACAAAUGAGACUAACAGGUGGUAUCUCUUCUUAGUGUUCUAUUUAUCUUAUUUGCUAAUGAGAGCACUUCUUCCUUUGUUAGGCUGUGCUUUAUUGAUAAAACCAAGUAUUGAAUAAAGAGAGUUAAUUAUCUUUUUAAAGUAAAUAAAACUAUGAAGAUAUAUAUGAUAUAUAUAUAAAGUAUUGUGUUUAAUAAAAUGUUAUGCAAUGUUUUCCAAACUGAUAAAGUUUGUAAAGUGCUAUAAUGUAUUUUGUUAAGUACAGAUCAGAGCUAUUGUGUGAGUAUAUUGUGCUAACAUCAUAGAAAUAAAGAUUAGAUUUCUUCAUCAAAA